GGUUAGAGGGCGAUGCGGACCUCCAGUUGUUGCUGGUGGGGGGAGAGCUGCUGGUUAGAGGGCGAUGCGGACCUCCAGUUGUUGCUGGGUUAGAGGGCGAUGCGGACCUCCAGUUCUUGCUGGUGGGGGGAGAGCUGAUGAAGGUCAAGUCCUCCUCCUGGAAGAAGAACCGCUUCUACAAGCUGCAGGAGGACUGUACAACCAUGUGGCACGAGUCACACAGGACCUUCAAGCGCAACCAGACCUUUUCCAUUGAUGAGAUAGACUCUGUGCGUAAGGGCCGUCAGUCGGAGGGUCUUCAGAAGCACACAGAGGCCCACGUGGAGGACCUCUGUUUCUCCAUCGUCUUUAAGGGCCGCAGGAGGAACCUGGAUCUGAUAGCUACCUCGGUGGAGGAGGCUAGGCAGUGGGUCCAUGGUCUGGAGAAGAUCCUCUCUAACAUGAAGAAACUCAACCGCCAGCAGACGAGCGAGCACUGGAUCUUCAACUGUAUGAGGAAAGCAGACAAGAACAAGGACAACAAGAUGACUCUGAAGGAGCUGAAACACUUCCUCCGCCAGAUCAACAUCGAGGUGGACGACAUGUACGCUGAAGUGCUGUUUGCAAAAUGUGACAAGUCUAACUCGGGCUCCCUGGAAGGUCCUGAGAUCAAACACUUCUAUGACCUGCUGAUAUAUCGCGAGGAGAUCGAUGUGAUCUAUGGGAAGUACGCCACUACGGGGGAGCAGAUGAGUGUCAAAGACCUGCUCAACUUCCUGCUGAACGAGCAGCGUGAGGUGGCCACCAUGGAGGACGCUGUAAGACUCAUACAGAGAUACGAGCUGGACGAUUCAGCAAAGCAGAAGAAUCACAUGACCAAAGAUGGCUUCCUGAUGUACCUGCAACAGGAGGAGGGGUCUAUCUUCAACCCCGCCCACAAGGAGGUGUUCCAGGAUAUGAGCCAGCCAAUCAACCACUACUUCAUCAGCUCCUCCCACAACACCUACCUGAUGGAAGACCAGCUCAAAGGCCCCAGCAGCACAGAGGCCUAUAUCAAGUAA